AUGAAUCCUAGUGUGGGGGUGAUGGAUGCCCAAGCGAGAAAGUUGACUCCCAUCAAGGCCAAUUCCAAACAUCAUCUUGAGGGUGAGGAUGACAAAAUACCAGGUCCUUUCGACUGCAACGUUUGCGGCCGCAGCUUUCCUUUCCUGAGCUCUUUGUCACAGCAUAUGAGACGCCAUACUGGUGCACGCCCUUACAAAUGCCCCUACUGUGACCACAGGGCCUCUCAGAAGGGCAACCUCAAAGUUCACAUACGCAGUCACAAACUAGGCACGCUCUCUAGCCACCACUCCAAUGAGGAUGAGGAAGGCGGGGCAGAAGAAGAAGAAAUGAGUGUUUCAGAGGGUCUUGAUGGCGGCACAAGUCCAACCAAAAGCAGUUCAGCAUGUAAUCGGAUGAUAAGUGGAGAUCAUGCAGAUGAUAGUCGCAGGAAAGUGCCAGUAAGGAGCUUGAAAAGAGAGAAAUCUAUAAGUGAACAGCGGCCUUAUUGCUGCCGCCUUUGUGGCUUUGAGGCCCAGCGGGAGGAUCAGCUCCUGAGCCACAUUGAGAAGGUCCACAUCACUGUAGACACAGGUGAGCAAGCGAGUGUUAAGCAAGAAUCCUUAGCUGAACCACUUGAACCUCAAUGUGAUGGGACCUUUCCCUGUGAAACCUGUGGCCAAGUGUUUACGCAAGCCUGGUUCUUAAAGUCACAUAUGAAGAAACACGCGGGAAUCCUUGACCACUGCUGUCGCAUAUGUGGACGACGCUUCCGCGAAGCAUGGUUUCUUAAAUCCCACAUGAAAACACACAACACUAGAUCACGGUCUCGUGCAAAAUUAGAUUCUGCUGAGCAUCCUGCAACCAUUAAUGAUGUCGCACAGGAUCCUGAAAUCAUUGGCUCUGUUGUGUCAGUAUACCAAAUGUGCUCUAAGUGUGGAAACCUGUUUCAUAGCAAAGAGAGCCUGAGGGAUCAUGAAAAAAUCCACAGUCUUAGUUAUGGAAAGAAAUAUCAGAACCAAUUACAACCCAGUAAAGAUGAUGACUCUCCAGCUACAAAGAGACGUUUGCUUGACUAUUUAGGCCUUCAGCCGGUUGAGGCAAGGGCCAAAGAUGAUGGAAGUGAUGAGAUACUGGGUCAAAGAAUCCCAGAGCUUGAUCCAGUUUGCAGCUACCAAGCAUGGCAUUUAGCUACGAAAGGAAAGGUUGUAGAACCUGUAGAGAACAACAAGGUUUCUAGUGAUGGAGGAAGCAUUGGCGAGGAAGACAUUCCGAUCGCUGCUGAAGACUUAGAGAAAGAGAACAGCAACUAUACCCUUCAAGGUCAAGAAAAACGCAGCACAGGUCGUCGCAGCAGCUCCAGUUUAGGAAAUCAAGCUUCAUCUGGAGAUCAGACACCAGACAGCCUCAGCGAUUCGGAAUAUCGACCAUCAUCUCGCCAGGAACGAAAACGACCGUCCCAGCCUCAAGUUCCUUCUAAAUCCAUUGAGUGUUUUGAAUGUGGUAAAGUUUUCCGCAGUCGUCACCAGAUGAUUGUCCACCAGCGAGUCCAUAGAAAAGAUGAAGGAAGGACAUCAGUGGUCGACAAGGAAAAGAGCGGAAGUAAAGACCAGUGGAGCUCCACCAGUGACCCAGAAUCAGGUUCCCCAAACCGACCUUUUACCCCAGGGUAUGGAGAUUCUCCGCCAGCCUCCACUUUCAGAGAUCAAGCAUCUGAGAUGGGCACUGCUAACUCAGGAGAGAUUCCAGAUGAGAAGCCAUAUAUCUGCAGCCUGUGUGGCUUCGUUACCACUGAAUCACAUGCCUACCUGGCACAUGUCCAUGUUCAGCAUCCGGCUGCCACUGAAGACAGAACCAGCCCCAUUCCUAGAGUUACCUCCAAUGGAUAUCCCAAGUUGAAGAAAGCCCUUCUGCAGGGUUUGGAAAAUAUCCCAUCCCAUUCUCCUCAUCUUUCAAUUGACUGUUCUCCCCUUGAGCCUGUUUUGACCCCUGUGGAUUUAUGUGUGAGGGCUGAGGGUCACAGGGGGCAAGCCCCCUUAACCCUCGACAUGAAAAUCCUCCCAAACCAUAAAUGUUCCUUCUGCUCCCAUUCUACACUCUAUCCUGAGGUUUUGUGGAUGCACCAGACUGUGGCUCACCGCAUGACCAGUAGUAGCUCCAAUCUGGUGCCUAAAUGGGCUCUGAAAAACCACAACAAGGGGCCAAGAGACUUUUCCUCCAGGAGACGUACUGGCCCUCCACCAGUCUUAGAGGGCAAGGAAUGUCCACCGCUGCCAAUACUUUUGCGUGGCCAACGUACACGUCCCCCAUCACAGUCUAACAACGUACUUAAAAAGAUCAAAAACAGUUGCCAUUCAGGUACAGCACCACCAUCAACCUCUCAGUCUUCAUCUUUACUGUCAAGACCCUCCACAUCCAUUUCAGGUUCUCAUACUGCAAGCAUCCCUCAAAGUCAGCCACCACGCUCCAGACCCAAAGUUGAUAUUGCCCCUUGGAGGAGCUCGCUGUCAUCCUCCAGCCCUAAAGAUAGGAGCUCCAACGCACUCUCGCGGUCCCCGGGCCCAAGCCUCAACUCUGCUACAGCAACCAAAAGGCCAGAAUGUUACAUGAUGCCUCAGGAGGGACUCGGCUUUAUGCUUUCUAACAAGUAUAGUACCCAAGCUGAGUACCAGCGAGCCAGAGGCUCCGCUCAAUCACAGCUCCCCAUCUCCCAUGGCCAGCGACUGUCUAAUGCCACGAGGCCUAGUGGUGUCAUCCACAGCUCCACAGCGGGGCACUAUGGAGCAACACAGGCAUAUGGAGGCAUUCUCCAGACUUCUUCAUCAUCCUCCCUCCCCUCGGAAUCUCAUGGGAAUGUGAAACAGGAGAAAACAGCAGAGAUCCCAGAAAUGCCAAACAACAUCCUCAGUUUCCUCAAAAACUACAGCCCUCAUGAGCUAGCUGCACUGUAUCACCGCUGGGGUGCCACAAAUUCAGUUUUGGAUCCUACUGGUAUCCUGAGGUCUCUCAUGCGACAGGGACAGCAUUGCUGCCACGAGUGUGGGAAGAGUUUUAGUCAGCCUAGCCACCUGCGCACGCAUAUGAGGUCUCAUACAGGAGAGAGGCCUUUCUGCUGCCAGCUCUGCCCAUACAGAGCCUCUCAGAAAGGGAACCUGAAGACACACGUUCAGAGUGUCCACCACAUGCCUUUUGACAACAACCUACACCCAGAUUCAAGGAACUUGUUGCUCAACCUGGAGGAGCAGGGACAGUUCAGACCGUCACCAACCUCCCAAAAUCCACAAUAG